GGGCCGAGGGGUGGCUCACCAGCACUUACUUCUUCUCGACUCUCUCAAUCGAGAUCAUAGCCUACGAAGAAUCCUGACGGCAUCAUGACCGUGGAGAACAGUAUCGUACAGCAUGCUCUUACCGUCUAUCAUGACUUGAGCACGGCGACCAAGGCGACACUCGCCAUUUCCAUCGCCUUCAUCCUGUACAGACUCCUCUUCCGACAUGAGUCCACCAGGCGCAAGGAGUUGCCAGCUUGGGGACCCAUUGAAAUGGGGCUUGUCAUGUACUUGCUGGAUGGAGCACGCAACGGCAUCGUUUAUCGAGUCUACUCUGCAAUCCGACGAUAUGGUGGCUCGUUCUAUGGCAUCUCAUCGGCGAAUCAGACCCUCAUUGGAUAUGAAGACGUCGAUCGCCUGUUCUCGUCUCAAAUGAACCACGCCCUCAGCAUCGAGUGGCAUGGAUAUGGCCUCUUCCUCCGUUUCUUUGGGUUUCCCGACACACCAACUUUGAAAAAGAAGGUCGAAAGCACGUUCAAGCCCUGGCACUCCCCAAUUGAAAGGGUCUUCAACAACGAUGCCGGUGCCACUGCAGCCUUUGAGAGGGGUAAUCUUCCCAAGAUCGUGUCCGAAUUCGUCAGUUUUAGCCAGGAAAAGGAGAAGAUGAAGCGAUGGGAACUCCGUGCCGAUAUCAAGGUUAUCAAACAAGGUGAAGCGGUCGAGGCCAAUCUCUCAGCUCUCAUCAUGGACUUUGGUGCUUGCUUCACCAUCCCUCCCAUUUUCGGACACGACUUGCUAGAUCGCAACCCCCAUCUCAUUGAAGACAUCUGGAAGUUCGACCACGUUGUUCCGUUACUGUUCAUCAACAUGCCAACAUGGGCUCCGUUCAAGGUCAUGAAGGAAGGCAUAGAAGCUCGAAAGCGGCUGCUUGCCGGCGUUGAAGCUUUUUCUCGCCGCGUCACCCAGUUCCAGCGAGGAGAAAAGGUUGACGACGGCGCUGACAUAUCAGAUGUCAGUGACGUUGUCCUAGAGCGCAACACCGCCCUCGAACGAAACGAGUGGUCGUAUCAAGAACGUGCCGCCUCCGAGUUGCUCGUCCUCUUCGCAAGCAACACCAACACCCAACCCGUUCUCUUCUGGCUCAUCUUGUACAUCUACUCCACACCAGGACUGGUAAACACCCUCCGCCAGGAAGUUGCCCCGUUCAUCACGCUCUCCGACUCCCAUCACGACAAAAAAGGCAUCACGGCAAUUAACACUUCCGGCCUGUCCCGCGAGUGCCAGCUGCUAAAGUCCAUCAUCCUAGAGACCCUCCGCCUGGCAUUCGGCGCAGUGUCAACUCGCUUCGUCAAACGCCCCAUUACCGUCCAAGACGGCAACCAUAAUCACAAACUCUAUCCAGGAACCUUCCUCUCCGUCCCCCACUCCUUCUUCCAGCGGGACCCGUCCUUGUACCCUGACCCACACAAGUUCGUCCCCGAUCGUUUCCUCGAGACGGAUCCUUCGUCCGGUAAAUUGGUCGCCAAGUACGGAAAGCUGAGGCCGUGGGGCGCCGGGGCGAGUAUGUGCAGAGGAAGGGUGUUUGCUGAGAAGGAGCUCAUGGCUAUUGGCGCGGCGCUGGUGACGCUGUGGGAUAUCAGUCCUGUCGGGGGUGGUGAAUGGACGGUACCGGAGAUGGUGGGUGGUCCGGGGCCGGUGAAGCCGAAGGAGGAAGUGAGGGUCGUGAUUAAGCGGAGGGUGUUUGGUGGUGUUUCUUCUUCGGAGUAGACGUAGCGCCAGUGCCAUUCCAAUAUUCUGCGAGGUAGAAACUGUGCCCUUGGUGGGAGGCGAGGUACAUUAAUACAGUAUUUUUCAUUCCUGCUCUCUUUCUACCGGUCGAGAAAAGCAAGUGAAUAUAACAAAGCGGGAGAUAUAGGCUGGCACAAGAACUGUCUUUUACUACCUACGUGCCGGGUAUCUGUGGCUCAUCGCGAUGCCGCCGCCAGGGCACACUCGAUCACCAUAUGAUAGAGGUCAGCAGUGCUGAUACCCGCGGCGCGCGCCUGCUGCGGUACUAUGCUCUCCGGCGUCUGACCAGGUAUCGUGUUGACUUCAAGAAAGUACAACGCAUACAGCUCGGGGUUAUACCUGUAAUCGAAGCGUACUACGCCACGACAGUCCAGGAGAUCGUACAGCAUCGUCGAUGUAUCCUUGAUGCGGUCGCUGACCUGCGUCUCCACCUCGGCAGGCGUCACCUUGCUCGACGACCCAUUGUACUUGGCAUUGUAGUCAAAGUACUCGCUGUCGCCGUGGGGGAUGACUUCGGUAAUGGGGAACACGUGCAGCCAGCCUUCCGCAUCGCGAAUCACGCCACAGUUGAACUCGCGGCCCUCGAUGAACUCCUCCACCAGCACCUGGCCGUUGCCGUCCUCGCGCAUGGCGUCUUCGACCGCCUGGACCACCUGCUCGAUGCUCUUGACUUUGGUGGUAGCCACGCUGCUGCCUCCUGACGCGGGCUUGACGAAGACGGGCAGGUCGAACUCGAACAGCAGAGCUUCAGGGUCGAGGGCGCUGAUUUGGUUGCGAUGAAGCAGGCGGGACUUGGCCACCUCCACGACGCCGAAGCUGCGGACCACGGGGUUGCAGUGGCCCUUGUUGGCGGUUAGAGCCGAGGUGUAGAAGCCGCAGCUUGUGUAGGGGAGGCCGAGCAUGUCGAAGUAGCCCUGCAGCACGCCGUUCUCGCCUGGGUUGCCGUGGAUGCUGAUGUAGGCUAGGUCGAACUGGAUCUUUUCGCCGGUUGAGAGGGUGACGCUGAAGUCGUUGCGGUCCACGGGGAUUUGUUUGUCAUUGUCGGUCAGGUGGUACCAGCCGGCCUUGGGGUUGCGG